ACGACCUCGUGGAGAAGAAGCCAUGCUCAUGGAACUCUACCCGUGUCUGCGAGUGCCGGACUGGCAUGUUCUGUGACACAUCAGCCAUCAACUCCUGUGCCCGCUGCCUCCCUCACUCUGUCUGCCCGACAGGGAUGGUUGUCAAAUUCCAAGGCACAGCGCAGAGGAACACUGUCUGUGAGCUGCCUUCCCCCGGGGCCACCCCCAACUGCAGCGCCAGCCCACAGGACUGCAAGGCCCCUGCCAGCACCAUCCCCCCGGCCAAGCCCACCCGGACCUCUCCAGCAAGCUCUGAGGCCAGGACCACACUUCUUGGAGGGGGCACCCCCCUUGCCCCAGAAGAUGCUCCUAAAAUCACUGCCCACUCUAGCUCCUCCACGGGGAAGCUCAAUCCAGAUCCAGGGCUGACCCUGCAACAGCCAUGCCCUCAGGGGUCUGCCGACUGCAGGAAGCAGUGUGACCCUGACUACUACCUGGGCAGGGACGGUCGCUGCACGGCCUGUGUGAGCUGUUCAGGAGACCACCUCGUGGAGAAGACACCUUGCAUGUGGAACUCCUCCCGCGUCUGCGAGUGUCGACCUGGAAUGUUCUGUGCCACGUCAGCCUCCAACUCCUGUGCCCGCUGCGUCACCCGCCCCAUCUGCCCACCAGGGAUGGUCACCAAGCUCCAGGGUGUGGCUGAGAGGGACACCACCCAUGCGCCACCUCCCCCGGGAACGCACUCUAACUGCAGCGCCAACGCAGAGGACAGCAGGGUGCUUGCCAGCCCCACCCCCUCCCCGAUCUCCCUGGCCGACUCCCUGACUGGUAAGGAGCAUGGAGGGGACGUUACCCACGUGCGGGGACGCGCCUCUAUCUCAACCAGCACUCCUAUCUCCUUCUCCUCCACAGGGAAGCCCACUCUGGUUUCAGGACCCGUGCUCUUCUGGGUGAUCUUGACACUGGUGGUGGUCGUCAGCUUUGGCUCCCUUCUCCUGUGCCACCGCAGGGGCUGCAGGAAGUGGACGGCGCAAAAGCUCCACCUGUGCUACCCAGUCCAGACCUUCCAGCCCAAGCUGGAGCCUGUGGAUUCCAGGCCCGGGAGGAACCUGACACUGAUCAGGAGGGUAUCAGUGGCAGAGCCGGGCAGCGAGGAGCAGGGGUUAAUGAGCCCCCCAGCUGUGGAGACCUGCCCCAACCUGGAGAGCCUGCAGCUGCUGGAGGCCAACCCAGCCAGCAGCCCCUCCACCUCCAUGGACCUUCCCGAGCCCCGAGGGACCACGGAGCACACCAACAACAGGAUUGAGAACAUCUACAUCAUGAAGGCCGAAACCGUGAUUGUGGGGACCGUGGAGGCCAAGGUGCCUGAGGGCCAGGGCCCGGUGGGGCCGGCAGGGCCCGAGUUCGAGGAGGAUCUGGAGGUGGACCAUGCCCCCCACUACCCAGAGCAGGAGACGGAACCACUGGUGGGCAGCUGUGGGGACGUUAUGUUCUCGGUGGAGGAGGAAGGCAAGGAGGACCCCUUGCCCACGGCCGCCUCUGGGAAAUGA